CACCUUCACGCUAUCAUGACCUCGUUUUCAUCUACAGAGAAAAUAAUCGAGUAGGAAUAUCUAUUCGUUUUUCGUUAUAGAAUAGUUCAGUGUUGAGCUGGCAUUAAGCGCAUACUUGCGCGUACCAUAACGCUGGAAAUGGGGCUAUUCAGUGGAAAAUGUGUCUCAAAGGCGCGUCUGGACGGCAAGACUGCAGUCGUAACUGGCGCAAAUACGGGAAUUGGGAAAGAAACAGUGAAGGAUUUUUUUCAACGAGGUGCCCGUGUUAUUGUGGCUUGCCGAAAUGUGGACAAGGCGAAUCAGGCCGUUGAAGACAUAAAAAAAGAAUUUUCAAAUGGAGAAAACUUGGGCGAAUUAAUGGUGACACAGUUGGAUUUAACAAGUCUAAAAUCGGUGCGAAAUUGUGCAAAAGUCAUAUUAGAAACAGAAAAACGAAUAGAUUUAUUGAUAAAUAAUGCAGGUGUUAUGAUGUGUCCAGAAGGCCGGACUGACGAUGGUUUUGAAAUGCAAUUCGGUACAAAUCAUUUGGGACAUUUUCUUCUAACUUUGUUACUACUACCAAAAAUCUGCCAAAGCACACCUGCUAGAAUCGUAAAUGUUUCUUCAGUAGCUCAUAAAUACGGUUGUAUCGACUUCGACGACUUGAAUUGGGAGAAACGCAAAUACAGUUCCCUGGGGGCGUAUCAACAAAGCAAAUUAGCAAAUAUUUUAUUCAGCAAAGAGCUAGUACGAAGACUUGCAGCGGCAAAUGUAAGUGGAGUCAAUGUGUAUUCCUUGCACCCUGGGGUGAUUACAACUGAGUUAGGGCGUCAUUUGGAUUACCGUCUUCGUUGGCUUUGGCGUCUAUUUUCCUUCAUGAUCAAGACCCCCGACCAGGGGGCCCAAACGACAAUUUACUGCGCCGUUGAUGAAAACUGUGCCAACGAGACUGGUCUUUAUUAUGCCGAUUGUGCUGUGGCGGCGGCUGCACCAGCUGCACAAAAUUCAGUCGACGCUGAACGGCUGUGGGACGAAAGCUUGAAACUUGUAGGACUUGAGUCGAACUAUAAUCCAUUUACAGCGUCUCAAGUUAAAUGAAUUAUCUAAGUUGCGAAAAUACCAAAUUUGCUUUUUUUAAUUAUUUAAUUUGAUUAUUACCUGUAUUGUGUUUAGGUAAAAACACAGGUAUAAAUUUGCAUUUUCAUGACAGUUAUUAGGGUAACGUUACAAAAUAAUCAAUAUUUUUCCAGAUGUGGGGUAUUGUGAGAAUUGGUUUUCGCGUGUCUACUGCUUCAAAAAAAACAACUGAUAAAAUGAUUCUUUACCGGCGGUGAGCCAGACAAUAAAAAUUAAUAUUUACGGUACUUUUGAACUUGAUUAUUCACUUAAUCUUUGUCCGUGACCAUAAUUGGAUGCUCAUUUGUUAUUUACAUACAAAAAUGCAUUUAAAUAGUUGUAAGCUGCAGUUGCAGUCCUUGGUUGUAUCAGAAUCCAGUUUGACGGGGAAGCGGGGAUCAUUCCGGUUUUAAGCCUUUUAGUUCCUAUAUCUGGUAACACAGUGGUAACCCAUGUUUUAUUUAAUCUAGUUAUUAGAAUUAUUUCAGGUGUUGACCUGAAUAUUGUAUAAUAGUUGAAAUAAAAAAAACAGAAUAUAUAAUAUAGAA